AUUUAAAAUUUGUUUGUCGAUCAUACAUAAAGUUGUUAAAUUUAGGUUUUGCCUUCCCCCAAAAAUUUGAUCAUCAUUACAAAGUACAAAUGUUGUAAUGGCCGGAAUCUAAAGAUUAAGAGGACCAUAUUGGCCUUGUUUCACAAGAAUGAACCACACACAUUGACAUACACCCCUCAAAAACACAAUACAACACAGCUCAAAAACAUCUUCGUCAUUUCUCCCUCUUUGUACGGUUGCCGGUGAAAAAACCUCAUCGUUUUCUCUUAAGGUUGAAUUGUUAUGGCUUGGAGGGCACAGUUAUCGAAGAAUUUGAAGGAACUUCGAGUCCUUAUCUGCCAAACUUCCCCCGCUAGUGCUGAAGCUAGAGCUUUUGUUGAGAAAAAUUACAAGGACUUGAAGACAUUGAACCCGAAAUUGCCUAUCUUGAUCCGUGAGAGUCGUGGUAUAGAGCCGCAACUUUGGGCUAGAUAUGACUUUGGCAUUGAAAAAGGUGUUCGUUUGCAUGGCAUGAAUGAGUCGCAAAUAUCUAAGGCACUCGAGGAUCUUGUUAAAGCCGGGGAAGGUCUUAAAGCAUGAGUCUUCCCUUUUGGAGUCGGAAAUCAGCUAUCAUUCUAUUUGAUUCUUUGCUUCGACCAUACUUGUAACGGAAUUUGUGUUUUGUAUGCUCCUUUUGUUCCCCUUGUAUGAUAUGAAUGAACUAACAUUCAUAUUCUGUAAGCAGAAGAGCACUAGGCAAUGGUCUCUGUUUAACUUUUGCCUUCACCUGUUCCUGAGUUUGAGCUUAUGCUUACUCUAAUAAUCGUUCUAGAAAAUAACGUUAAAGGUACUAGAAAUUAACGUUUAAUUUUA